UAUAUAGAGAUAGGGCAUAUACAUACGUAUAUACAUAUAUACUGGAAGUUGGAAAGUUUGUUAGGUCUCGAGGAAUCAAGGAAUAAAAUGGGGCGAAGGAAGCUGGAAAUGAAGCGGAUCGAGGACAAAAGCAGCAGACAAGUCACGUUCUCAAAACGGAGAUCUGGUUUGUUUAAAAAAGCACGCCAUCUUUCUCUUCUCUGCGAGGUUGACAUCGCCGUCAUCGUUUUCUCCGCCGGCGGCAAGCUUUACGAGUUCUCCGCCGGUGCUUCUUCUUCUAGUAACAGUGUGGAGCAUAUUAUUUCUAGGUAUCAAAAAAGCUACAUUGAAGCGGAAGAGAGGACAACUAUUUCAGCCGACAAAGAUUUAGAAUUCUUGUUGCCGUGUAAAAAAUUCCAAACAUCUAAAGAGCUUCUACAAACCGUGGACAGGCUUGUUGAGGAGAAUAAUUCUGAGGAGCUAUCUGUGGCCAACAUGAUGCAACUAGAACUAGAACUUGAUGACGCUCUUGUUCAAACACGAUUGAGAAAGACACAGUUGAUGAUGGAGUACAUAUCAACCCUCCAAGAAGAGCAAAGGAAGUUGAUAGAAGGAAAAGAAGAAAUGGAAAAGCAAGUCGCAUCAGAAAAGCAGCAGCAACAUGAGAAUGAUGGUGGUGGAGGUCCAAACGACCUUGCAACGAACCAGAUGAAUUCACCACAACUUUUUACUACACUUCAACUUUUUGAUGGCUAGCUAAUUAAACAUAUAUAGAUCGGUGGUUUCCUUCCACCCAACACAAAUCUGUAUCACCAGUGGGUUAACUAAAGCUUAAACAAGUCGAUAAUCCCCAAUGAAGGAAAGACAUUGGGUUUUUUUUGGGUAAAAGAAAGACAUUGGGUUUUCAGAUCUUAAAAUUAAAAUCAGUUACAGAUUUAUCACCAUCAUCUGGUUGAGCUUGUACACAAACUGUGCCAUUUGAUGUACUCAACUAUCUAUUGAUAAUUUGAUAUAUAUAAAGUUUUGAAUCUUUCACA